AUGUCCGAACAAGCACCGAAGCCGAACAAUAGCAGAUGUCCUUUCAAGGUUGCAGACAAGCGCCCAGUUCAAAUUCAAAUUAUGCAUUUGAAAGCUCAUCUGACAAACACCGUUAAGACUCUCCAAAGUAGUCUUAUGGAAGAGAUGAAGGGACUUAAAGGUGAGUUCCUCAUGAACCAAGCUUCCAAUGAGAAAGUCCUGAACGAUUUAGCGGAAACCUUGCGCAUUUACGCGAGAGAGAACCGAGACCUUGCCAGACUCAUCUACCGUUUCUUCGAAGAGAUAGACGCCAUCUGGAAGGUACUCGGAAAGGACAGAACAUGCAACACCGUACUUCGUGAGUACCAAAUUGAAGAAGGUAUUAUCAAAGAAGAGGAAGAAGAGGAAGAAGAGGAAGAAGAGAAACACGAAGAAGAGGAAGUUUGGCAACCCUUGUUGCCGAUGACGCUUACGAAAUUUCCAACCCUACCCAUACAAAAUCCGCAACAAGGCGACAGGCAAGGUUCUUACCCCAGUCCUCAAACUUGGACACUUGACCCUUACCCUUCGAAAUUUACGGUACAAUUUCCAUGGGAAGGCUUGUCGGUAUGCAAUGGGUUCCAAAUCCAAACAAGAAGACGAAGGUCAGACACAUUGACGGUGACAAGCUCAACAACCGUAAGGAGAACUCGAGUGGUUUGA